GGAGCCCGCGGGAGGCAGCGGGCCGGUGGAUGCCCAUGGCUGUGAGCCCGGGGCUGCUGGUGGUGGCCGGUUCCUUCGCCGCUUUCCGCCUGUUGAACCGGGGGCUGGAGCGGUUGGUGCCGCCGCCGCCGUCGGCCCGGCGCAACCGCUGGAAGUGGCGCAACAUCUGGACGUCGCUGGCUCACAGCGUGCUGAGCGGCGGCGGGGCGCUAGCCGGGUUCUGCCUCCACCCCGGGCUGUCUGAGGACCUGGUGGGCACGCACCCACCCGGGGCACACAGCCUGGUCUCUGUAUCUGUAGGUUAUUUCCUCGAAGACUUUGUGGACAUGUUGUGCAAUCAGAAGCUUCACCAGUCCUGGGAGCUGCUCUUCCAUCACUCCGUGGUGAUUGUCUGCUUUGGCACCGCAGUGCUGCUCCAUCAGUAUGUCGGGUUUGCCCUGGUGGCUUUACUGGUGGAGAUUAACUCCAUCUUCCUCCACCUGCGGCAGAUCCUGCUCAUGGCCAACCUGGUGCACACCCCGUGCUACCGCCUCAACAGCAUCAUCAACCUGGGCACCUACGUGGUGUUCCGCAUCGCCACGCUGGCCUGGAUGACCCGGUGGCUCUUCCUCAAUCGGGAGAACGUGCCCCUGGCAACGUACACUGUGGGCACAGUGGGAAUGGCAAUCAUGACACCCAUGAACAUCAUCCUCUUCUACCGCCUGCUGCGGAGUGACUUCUUCAAGUCCAGCCGGGAUGUGCAGUGGGAGAAGGAGCAGUAACCCCCUUCCCAGAAGGAUGAGAAGCCCCAAGCCCGUGGAGGAGGACAGUAAAGCGCAGUGGAGAGUGAAUGUGGCUGGUUUGGUGCGGAGGGUCCACACUAACAGAGCAUCCAGGCCUCCCUUGUGGGUGUGGAUCCUGGGCCCUGCACAGCGGAGAAGAUGCUCAUGGACCACUGGAGUUCUUCCCUCCCAACACCUUUGGAUGAUGUGGUCGGAUGACCUGGAGCUGCUCAGAGAAGCUCAACAGCUCUUGCAGCUCCUCGAGCCACCACUGAGAUGAGAAGGGAGCAGAAGAGCACUGCUUCCAAACACCACAGUGUGCUUCUAACCCCUUUGGUGCUGCAGUGUUCCAUCAGCCAGCAUUCUCUGCAUUCUCCGUGGCAUCUCCCAUGGGAGCACCAUCAGGCAAAAGAAGCUCCAAGGCUUCUCCCUGGAGGCCAGGGCCAGUAAAAGCCAAACCCUGCACUCAUGAGCCCUCCCUGAGGAGAUUGUCCCAUGUGGGUGAUGGAGGGAGAGGCUGAGACCUGCCUGGAUGGGAUGCUGCCUGUUGUGGGGUCCAGGUUGAAGGCAGAGACUGGCAGCGCUGUGCUUGGGGAUGGAGAGCCAACUUCUCCUGACAACUGGAGCUUUUCCCAUGUUAUUUUGUUCCAAGGUGUGUUAAAUGGCCAUAAAUGAGUGUGGGAGAGGGUAAGUCACUGGCCAGCAUGAUCAGUCCCCAUGGAUGUGGAGUUUUCAGGCAUAGGCAUCUAUUAGGAAUGGAAAGUUCUGCUGCUGAGCCCAGUGUAACGCUCUCACCCAGCACCAAAAGCUCUUACUAACACCAGCUUUUAAUAAAUGGCUGCAAAUGAAA